UUAAUAUCCUAUCCUUAAACAGCUGAUUUAAUUCAGAAUCAUACAGUUUUUUUUUCAAAUCAAAUGAUAGUCUUGAAAUAUUUUUAUAGAUUUUCAACUGUUUUGACCGAUCUUACCUCAGUCGCCAUUUUCAAAGCGUCAGUCAUUCUUUAGAAGUAGCUGGGUGUCGAUUCGUGCGUUUUAGAGGUGAAGUCUGAUAUUUUAUUGUUAAAAAGUUUUAAAUAAAAAUAGUUACAGCUGUAUUGUUUACGAAGGUGUUUUAUAUCCAGUAUGGUGAAUUUGUCUAAUGUUGGAUGAAUCAUAGUUCAUUAUCAUCUCUUAAAUUUAAUUUAUUUUCUGUAUUCAGUUUGUUAUAAUUUAUACGAUUUUCUAUUAUGGCUGUGUCUGACCAGUUUUGUUUACGAUGGAAUGACCAUCAAAAUACAUUAAUGACUACUUUUGAUACUUUAUUAGACUCACAGAAGUUAACAGAUGUUACUCUUUUCGCUGGAGGAAAAAGUUUAAAGGCCCAUAAAGUAGUUCUUUCUGCCUGUAGUCCUUACUUUGAUAAAAUGUUAGAAGUUCACGAUGAAAAAAAUCCGAUUAUAGUUUUUAAUGAUUUAUCAUAUGAUCAGCUUAGAGCAAUGUUAGAAUACAUGUAUAGAGGAGAAGUAAAUGUUUCACAAGAACAGUUGGACUCAUUUUUAAAAGUAGCUGAAUCGUUAAAGAUUAAAGGUUUGACUGAUCAGGGUGGUGGGGGUGAUAUUAAAGGAGGUGGUACUAAAAAGAAAGCAUUAUCUACGCCUUUAACCAAAGAUAGGAGUCCUGCUGGAAAAAGGAGAAGACCAAAUAGACGUGGGUCUGAAAGUGGUACUGAAUCAAUUGAAGAAGAGAUUAAAUCAGAACCAGGAGGUCUAUUACAGCCAAAAAUAGAGUUGACAGAAGAUAAUGGAGGCGGUGGUGUUGAAGAUCUUACGAUGGAGGAAGAGGAAGAUGAUGAUGGCUAUUAUCACCAUCAGGCUGCUGGCUCUUCGAGACUUAGUGAUGGAUCUGUUCAACCUCCUCAUCCUCCACCAGAUAUUAAAGAUUUCGCUAGUUGGGAGAUGACAAAUGACAGUUUCAUGGGUGCACAAGAAAUAUCUGGAAACAAUACCCUCAACUCAUCACAAGUAAGUAAAGUGACUUCAAUUCAACUAUGUGAUAAAUAUUAAUAAUUCGCAGCGCAGACGGAUAUAUCUCAGUUAUUUAAAAUAUAUUACAUCUUGGGAUUUAAUCAAACAUGAAUAAAAUUUCAUCUUUUAAAACUUUUAUAAAUUAAUUAUAAUAAUUGGAAAGAAAUAUUUUGAUGUAUUUAAACGAAUUAGAUCUAAUAUCAUUUCCCAAGAUAAAUAUGUUUAAUUUUAUAUAUAUAUAUAUAUAUAUAUAUAUAUAUAUAUAUAUAUAUAUAUAUAAUUACGUCACAUUUUAAACAUUUAACACUCUCUAAUACAUAACAACAGAACAACAUUUCAAAACAAAUCGUGUAGUAGAGGAGAUAGGGUAAUAGGAUAUCGAGUGAUAAAUUAUAUAAAAGAAGAAAUGAAAAAGUGAUUUUGUGUCUGAAGAGGUUACUUCAUAAGUGCUCUUCGAUCAGGGACAAUAGAGGUAAGUAUUAAAAAAGGUAAAUAAACUCAAACUUUAUUGGAGUAUUUAAUUUCAUUAUAUUCAAAAAUAAUAAUAAAAGCCAAAAAAUUAAGGGUUUGUUUUUCAGUAUUCAGUCAUUUGUCAUCUGUUGCAUCUAGCCCUGCCUUAUAUAAAAUUUGUAAGUAUUAAUUUUUUAUAAAUUUUAUUUUGAAUAACUAAAUUUUUCAUAAAAAUGAUCUUUCAUGAAAAGUUAAAUUUUUCCUUUCACCUCGGUAAUGCUAUUAUUUUCUAUAACAUCAUUUUCUUAAUAAAAUGAUCAUUUCAUGUAUUGCUUUUUCAUACUGAGAAUCAUAAAAUUCAUUUAAGAAAGUUAUAACUUUUUAACAUUAUAACUGAACUUAUUUAAAAUUUACUUUAAAAAGUUAGUGUAUAUGUAUAUAU